CAGUGGCGGCUCGAAAUGUUCGGUUUUAUCAGCUUAGCCAGCGGCUAACAGCAGCGGAAGAUAACGACAGAAUUGUUUAACAGGCGAAAUUUUCCAGGACUAGUUGUAGCGUGAAGAUUGCACCAUAUCGGUGGUACGAAGCAAGGACGCCGCGAUUCAUUGAGCAAGUAUUUCAGCGUAGCGGCAGUAUGUUACGAAACAUAUCGCAGAGGUUUUGCUCUUCUUGGAAAAGGUUUGCAGGUCCAAUAUGAAGUGUGACCGUUGCGCAUGCGAUAUAUAUGGGUGUCGCAUUUGGCGAUAUCUGUUGGCUAGAUCUAUAGUCAGAGCUGCAAAUAUGCGUAGGUAUCCAUCUUUUGUCAAGAUUGUUGAGGUGGGACCUCGUGACGGCCUGCAAAAUGAAAAACGUUUGGUAUCCAGCGACGUCAAGGUAGCCUUUAUCGACAAACUUUCGAAAAGCGGACUUAAAUGCAUCGAAACUACUGCAUUUGUUAGCCCAAAGUGGGUACCACAAAUGAGCGACAACAAAGAAGUCUUCAAGGCGAUUCGAAAAGAACCGGGUGUCAGUUAUCCAGUUCUGGUACCGAAUACCAAAGGGCUUCAGUCCGCUCUUGAGGUUGGUGUGAAAGAAAUUGCUGCAUUCGGAGCCGCGUCGGAGACCUUUUCUCAGAAGAAUAUAAAUUGCUCGAUUGCUGAGUCUCUCAAAAGGUUCGAGACCGUCAUCGAGGAAGCCAAAAGGCAUAAAUUGAAGAUCCGAGGUUACGUCAGUUGUGUCGUUGGGUGCCCUUACGAGGGCGAAAUUAAUCCAACAAAGGUUGCGGAAGUAGCAAAAUAUCUAUUCGAUAUGGGCUGUUACGAAAUUUCAUUAGGGGACACUAUCGGUGUGGGUACCCCAGGAACUACUGCCAGGAUGCUCGAAGAAGUUACGAAGGUGUUACCUCCAACGGUUCUAGCAAUGCACUGCCAUGAUACAUACGGUCAGGCUCUGGCUAACAUUUUGACUGGAUUGGAAUUUGGCAUUUCCACUAUCGACUCGUCUGUUAGCGGGCUCGGCGGUUGCCCGUAUGCCCGUGGGGCAUCGGGAAAUGUCGCUACUGAAGACGUGAUUUACAUGUUACAUGGAAUGGGUAUUCAGACCGGAGUAGAUCUCAAUGCCAUUAUGGAUGCAGGAAAAUUCAUUUGUGAGGCAACUGGCAAGGAAUCUGGCAGCAAGGUUGCAAAAGCCUUGACAAAAUGACAACUUACCUAUGCAUAAUAUAAACAAACAUUCCGCAUUCUUAAUACGACAACAACAGAUCUUCAAAUAAGCUAUUUCUAGUUUUUUAUAUAUCGUCGUACAUUAGGCGGUGCGCUUUUAUUACACAGUGAUCCAAUUUCUAUAUUAAUAUUAAAAAAAAACUGCACUUCUAUACUAAAUUAAAUACUAGUUUAUUAAAAACGAAAAGCAGUUGGUUCAACGAAUAUUUCUGUGCGUAUUUACUGAUAAAAGAACUCAUUACAGCCAAGAAUAAAUAUAUACAUAGAUAUGUUUAUAUGGUUGUUGCAAGGCAAGCAAAUCUAUAAAAUAGUUAAGAAAGUCGAUGUGCGCUGGUUAUACUUGUGGCAAAUAAAAUAUCUUUACCAGCUGCUCAUCCAGGUUUUUAUUUUUUUAUUGGGAAGAAUCUCUAAGCAAGGCUGACAGACAUACUGCGGGUUUUAUCCGAUAUGAGAUGAGCGAGCCGUAUUUGUACCUGUUCGAUAAAAGUAACGUGCAGCAUAUGCUGGAAAAUGUCGGAUGCAGGUAUGUGGAAAUCUUGUGCUACGAGUCAGGAGACUUUCAGCUCGAAGCUGUAAGAUAGUUUAGGCCGAUGGCCGACCAAUAACAACAAUCCCUCAAAAACAGGGGUGAAAAAAAGUCGGCAACUUUACUUGAUUAUCGCAGCAUGAUUUGGACACAAGAUGAAGCGAUUUAAUUGUUUUUUUUACGGGUUGUUCAUUACUUCCUUUAUUGACGUUUCCUACGUAAGAAUUGAAAGGUAACUGCUUGAUUGUAACCGAUUCUGAAUUGCUGUCGAAAAUAUUUCACAAAUGGGAAGAAUAUCGGUGAUCAGAAUGACAAAAAAUAAAUCGUCUUUUUAAUUAAAAAGGGAUGCAAUGAAUCAUCGAAGACGAAACUCUACCAGCCUUAAGAAAUCCACUCGAGCUAGGCCAUUUAUGUGAAAAAAAAAUUGGUAAACAGGCGCAUACUUUUCGUAAUGGUGAGGAGGUGGGCUACUAAUUACAAAAUAUGCUGAGUCACCAUGACCUUCACACAACGGCCUCCCAACAGCCGAACGCUUAAAACUGAAUAAAACCUAAUGUAGCUUCACCAGGCUGUCGCCUCGUUCUGCGAGAUGUGUUUAUAAAGAACGAAUUUAUUGAGUGACUCAUUCCAACAUAAUUGGAUAAAUUACCAAGAAUUGAAUCGAUCCAUAUACAUCAAAACGUUGAACAGCUUAUCUUGCACAAAAAACGAGGUAAAUAAUGCUCUGAAUGGAGGUUUCACAUGCAAGCCAUACGACGGAAAACUUCUCAGCCUAAAUUGAGGCUACAAACAAUAGUAAGUAGCUAAUAAAAUCUAAAAAAAUAUUACAAACUAUGACCUGAAAAACGUAAUUGUCGCGCUAAAGUGUUCGCGUACAUCAUAGUGUUAAUCAAACAUGUGCUAUAGUAUAGAUGUUUUGGUUUAUUUUUACGUGCUAAGAUAAA